GCGCACUUGCGAUUCCUUGAAAAAGUUCAUCGUUUUAACAUGGGGACUAAAUUCAAAGUGAGGAGUUUGAAGACUGACAGAAUGUAUGGAAUCGUAGCCAGAGAUCUGCGAGAUCUAAUGACAAAGGGAUGCCAGAAACUGCAGAUCCCACGUAAAGGAUGUCGCAUAUGUUUACAUAAAGAUGGCACAGAAGUCCACGCUGACAAUUUCUCAUGUCUAGAAGAUAACUGUAAGCUCAUUAUUCUGGAGCAGGGACAGCAGUGGGAUGGAAAGGUUUGCUACUACUUGAAUAAAAUACUUCAUGACCAAAAUAAUGAAGAAUUAAUUAUGAUUGCAAGACGAAUGUUAUCUGAUGAAACAGAACCCAGAAAAAAGAUGCUGCUCAAGUGCAUUGUUCAAAACAGUGCUGGAAAUAUAACAGCUGAAAACCGUAAGGAUGACCAGGAAUGGUUUGAAGGUUUGGAGUCACGAUUUAAAACCAAAUCUGAUUACAUGAGAUUCAGUUGUGGCAGAAGAAUGAGAAACUACCUGUCAGAGGUUAAAAGCCAUGCUGAAAAUGUUGAUAAAAAAGUAAAGGAGAAGUACUGUGCAUUUGUAGCAAGAAUAGAGAAGCUGCUUCAACAAAAUAAGUUCAAUGGUUGUUACUUUGAUAGGACAGCAAAAGGGAAUAGCCGGCUCUGCACUGACAAAGGAUGGUUUACUUGCCAGGGGGCAUUUGAUGAGCAGGAGUGCAAUUCUUUCCAUUCCAUCAAUCCAUAUGCCAGCAAAGAAAACAGAAUUGUGUUUAGCACAUGGAACCUGGAUCACAGGAUUGAGAAGAAGCGGGCCAUCAUUCCAGCAAUAGUCAAUACUGUUAGGAAACAGGACACCGAUGACCAUCAAGUUGAAUUUUUCUAUAGUCACUUGUUUACUCUAGCCAAUCUUAAGCUGGUUCACAUUGCAUGUCACAAGAAAACAGAGCACAAUCUUACAUGUGACCCAUCCCAGAUCAACAAGAGCAAGAAAAGAAAGAUGAAGAUGCCUUAUGCUCCCCCAAGAACUGCUCACAAGUAUUUUUCACAGAGUGCCAUGUAGUAUGCCAGAAGAAUAUCUUUCAGAAUUGGAUUAGGGUGGGGAGUGGGGAGACUUCUCCAAAAUUACUGAAAUGUGUAGUUGUAGAAGAGUUGAGCUUCUCAAUUAUCCCUUAGCGUGGUGCUCGUUAGUGAAUUGAAUGCUGUGAAAUGGUGAAUACCUAAAAUAAAGUGAUACAGGCUUGUGCAGGUAUUCCCAAAAUAUUGAUUACUAUUGUCAGAAAUUCAGAGAUGGUCAAACCCAGACGAUUAGUGACACUUAUUAAUGCCACAUUUCCUCAAAUUUAAUGGUAUUCCCUUGAUAAGUGAAGGAUGGAUUGGUACAGUGGUGUUCGAGUACAGAAACAUACAGUUUGCUAUGUUUGAACGUUCAGGCUUCAUUCACACUAAAUAUAUUGAGUUCAAAUAAACCUAUUGAACAUAUUUAAUAAAAGGGCAUCAACCAAGUUUGACUAAACUUAUUGGUAUUAAAAAAUAUUCAAUGAAAGGCCAUCUGUGAAACCUCCAUGCCACUUAGAAGUGAAUGACAGCAAAACUGGAUAGACCCUUUUCAGGUAAGACUCAAAUUACUCAGGUAAGAUAUUAAAAAGAAAAGAGCUUGAACUCCUCUGUGUCUAAUCGGUAAUAAACGUCGAUAGUGGCAAUGGCGGCAGAAUCUUGUUGUGCUUCAUAGAUAGAAGAUAGUUACUUCUGUAAUAACCUUCACUUUGCACAUAUACAGUUUGUACAGAGUAUUCCAAAGCAAGAGGAAGUUGUUAUAUCAUAUGGUUACAUUUGACAAGAGAUAAGUACAUCUCUUAUCUACACGAGUGUCAGUUAGUUUGGGUAACCUCGAUACCAUCAUUUCUGAUGGAUUCAACCAGAACCAAGAACCCAAGAGGCACAGAAAACCCAUCACUGAAGCGUCUUAUUGAUUUCAAUGUUUCAGAGUUUCAUGCCAACCUUACAGUUAAGGAAAAAUAUUGAUUCAGCCACAUUGUUCAUGAGAAGGUAGUUGUGUAUCUGGAAGCACAUGCACAUUAUACACUCUGCUGAUUAGACUGGAUAUCCUUACAUGCCUGUAUUCCCAAAGUAAUAUCAUAAACUUCAAAUAGCCUCCGACUCUGAUCUCAAUAAUAGCUUGGUCAGUGAUUCCUGAAGUAUUUGUUUAUUGUGACAUGAAUGAAUUGCCAUUAUAAGCACUUCUACAUUUGGUUAAGGUAGUGAAUCCAUUAAUGAUGUAUAAUUUAAAUCAAUACGUAACCUGAAAUAUAUCUCUUACUUGUUUGUAUUUUUCAUUUCAUUUAAAGUUGUGAAUCUGACUUCCUUUUAGAUUUGUCAAUGAGGGCAAUUGGCAAAUCAGUCAUCUGAGUAGCUUGUGGGGAUCUGAGUUGAGCACAGAAGGAUAAAUUUGAUCUGAAGUUGUUCAUGUAAGACAAUUUGGUGAACUGACUUACGCAACUUUCAUCUCUUGACUCAACAAUGGAUGGCAAACAACGGUCCAUUCUACAGUGAGGAAUUAUGGUAAUGAAAUAUUUUAUGGGCCCCUUGGCAUAAAUUUCCUGGGAUUCCUAAAAUCUGACAUUCUUACAGAUCCAGAAUUAUUAGGUAGCAAUCAGGAGCAAGGACCAUAAUUGUUUGAUACUUUCCAAAGUUUGUGAUGAUGAAAGAAUUAUCAUUUGUCCUGGUGCAGUUUCAAUGAGAGCAUUCAUUACAGAGAAUGGAACUGAGGAAAGCUUGUAUGACUGUAUGAUAGUAGUCAAUCCUAAUUCUUCAAUGAGCCAUAGGAAUCCUGUAAAAAAAUCUGUUAUGUAUGUUAUGUCCAGAUUAUUAUCUAUUUUCUGUAAGGGUAUGAAUAUUUAAUUCUAUCAAAAGUAUUAAUUUUAACGUAGAAGAACAAAUUGUAGCUCAAGUUGAGGUUCUGGAUGUAAGUUUGCUCGCUGAGCUGGAAGAUUCGUUUUCAGACAUUUCAUCACCAUUCUAGGUAACAUCAUCAGUGAGCCUCCGGUGAAGCGCUGGCGUUAUGUCCUGCUUUCUAUUUAUCUGUUUAGGAUUCCUUGGGUUGGUGAUGUCAUUUCUUGUUCUUUUUCUCAGAGGGUGGUAGAUGGGCUCCAAAUCAAUGCGUUUGUUGAUAGAGUUCCGGUUGGAAUGCCAUGCUUAUAGGCAUUCUCGUGCAUGUCUCUGUUUGGCUUGUCCUGGGAUGCAUGUGUUGUCCCAAUCAAAGUGGUGUCUUUCCUCAUCUGUAUGUAAGGAUACUAGUGAUAGUGGGUCAUGUCUUUUUGUGGCUAGUUGACAUCAACAGCGCUUCAACGGAGGCUCACUGAUGAUGUUACCUAGAAUGGUCAUGAAACGCCUGAAAACGAACCUUCCAGCUCAGCGAGCAAACUUACAUCCAGAAGAAAAAUGCUGCAAAUAACUUCAAAUCAUCCAAUGGUGGUUUUCAUCAUUCUUAUGUUUGGAGAUUUGCUUCUGAAAUUAUUCUAGUGUCUUGGUUCUUGUGAUUUUUCUUAUUAAGCUACAUCAUUUUGUACUUGACAUUGUUUGAAAUUGACAUGAAAUUGUUUUAUUAUAUAUUUGUAUAAUAAUUGAAUUACAGUCUGAGUUUAAAUUUGUGUACGUCAAAUGCAGCCUCCAAGUUUCUCCACUUGUCUUUGUAACAAUGUGUUAGGAUAUGAUCUAUUACAACUGUUAUGGAAAUAGAAAUAUAAAAAUGUGAAAAAUGGAAUCUUUAAUCUAAUCAAUUGAUUAUUUCACAUUUUUGCUGCAGAAUUGAUCUGCCUGAAUUUUUAGAUUGCCACAUAAAUAUAUCAAGUUCAAAUAAACUUGUUGAACAUUUUUAAUA